CCACUCUAUUGGUGACUUCCACAAACUUCUCCCACUGGCGAUAAGCUUCGCCGCUUGUGAUGGCCCACUUUGCCCUCCGUACGCCCUCUUUCCAGCGUCUGCCACCUGGCCCGACUUCAGUAAUCACAUCCCCCUCGUCGCCAUAGCCCAUGUCGCUCGUGUCUGCAUCACAGACGCCGCUUAUAGCGAACAAAGCAGCUGUGUUGAUGUAGACGAAAUGCAGAAUUGGAUCGUCUGGUGGUACUUGGCCCGUCAAUAUCCGCAUCAAGAUUUCCGCAUUCUUCUCGGGGGAUUGGCCGGGUGAGACGUCGGAGAGCGGAUGCGUCGGCAGACCAAAAUCGGCGGGAGAUACUUGGAAGUAUUCAAUAUCGACUUCUUUUGUCUCGGGAUUCUCAGUCAAUUGCCAGCAGUGUGUAGGGCCUGCGCAUGAGAGCUCGUCCAGCUCUUCAUCUCCGCAAACAACUAAGCCCUUCCUACAACCGGACUGACGUAGCGCUUCCGCAAAGUCCGGUCCGAUCUCUUUGCGGGCUACACCAAGAACGCGGGCUUCGAUCAAGGGGUGCAAUGGGUUAGAUAAAGGACCGAGAAGAUUGAAAAUGGUUCUCCAUCCGAGUUGUUUACGGAUGGAAGCAGCGUGUUUGGCUCCAGGAUGGAAAAUUGGGGCAAAGAGAAAAGCAUAGUUGGUGCUUGCAUAUAUUUCCUGGAUCGUAGACGGCGUGACAGCAGAAAUCUGCGGAGGUUUUGGCGGGAUGCAAGAAAGAAGGUCUGCAGAUCCAGAACGAGACGUGCUCGCUUUGUUGCCAUGUUUGCCAAUCAUGAGGAGUGAGCUUGCUAAUAUCGAAGACGUGGUCGAAAUGUUGAAAGUGUUGUGUGAAGUCGAGAGGUGAACAUACCAAUCCGCCACAGUAGCCACCUUCUUUUCUACCGCGCUCUUCGAGCAAUUUUGAGAGUUUUUCGUUGUCAAUUUUGGUAGCGUACUCCCGCAUGGCUCCGGCGCAUUUCGAAAGUACAUCAGACUGCCUGUCCCUUUCGGUGAAAUGUA